AUGGCGUUGAUCACAGAUGUGCGAAACCAAUCACAUAAUGGUAUUUCAGGUCAAAGUGGAGGACCUCCAGAUGCUGUUGAACAAGCAGGCCAUUCUGACGCACCUCAAGUGCUAUUCAUGAACACGCAUGAUGUUUCUUCUCGUUCGGGCCAACCUCCUCCAUCUUACUACCAGGUGGCGACUCCUAAGUCGCCGCACGAUCUAUAUCUUGGUGAGGAAGACGACCCACAUCAUGGUGCGGAUGUUCACAAGGAGAGCGAGGAGACAGAAAGACUAAAGUACGAGACAGCUAAGCGAGAGAUUCUGGAUGCUCUUAAUUUGCAUGUUUUAAUCAGCAACAAGGAACAUGACGAGCUGCAUAGAGAGAUAAAACGGGUGGAGGCGCAAAUGCGAGUUCUCGAAGAGCUACAUAACGACAAAGAACUGCUAAGCAAGGUCGAAAUGCACCAAGAAGAGCUCUUUCAUAGGAAACAACGGUCAUAUAUGCGCAUGAAGGAACUUGAAGCAACGCACAAUUUUUCUGACUUUUCCAUGGACUUGUCUCAGCCACCACUUUCUACUGGCAGUAAUGGGUCUUUCUACUAUCAUACGCGGAGCAAGAGCAGUGGGAAUGCUAGCGGAACUCACCAGUCCCGUCUGCGGCCCGCUAAUGAUGGCAUCAUAGGGAUGCGGAUGAGCGGAGCAAAAUCUAUUCCCGCCAAUGCCGCUUUUGCACCAAAUUCAUCGGGUUUAGAAGCGGAAACUGCACGCCCAUCUUUACUGAAUCAGCAUCACAGAAGAAACUAUAGCAGCACCUGUUUGACAAGUAACAGCGGCGUGGUUGGAAAAAAUGAGAAAGAUGAAGCCAUAUUCAAGAGACCGGAUGGCAUAUUGGUAAUAAUUACUUGUUCCAACUGCGGUCGCAGUGGGUUCACCUCUGCCCAGGGUAUUGUGAAUCACGCAAGAUUGAAGCAUUCAAAAACUUAUUCAAGCCAACCACUUGCGGUGUUAAAUAACCAAAAAUUACUUCCAGAUGACCAACAAAAUUCAACUACUUUGCAGAAAUUCCAAGAGCUCAAUUUAGAUCCCUCGAAAGAAUAUCUUCCAAACGUAGUAGGAGUUCCAGGUGGAUCAUCUAAUUCUAAUAUGGGAGGCGACCGGAAAUCUAGCGUUCGGGAGGUAUCCCCUCACACCAUAACCGUGCAGCCAGAAACAGCACAGAAAUCAACCGCGCAUUUGCAGAAGUUGUAUUCCAAGGGAGAUUUCAAAAAAAUUGUUGACUACGUAAGUGAGGCCAAAAAAGAUUUGGAUACGAUCCUAACACUGCCAUCAGAUAGCGAAGAUGUCACCGAAGAUGAUGAUAACACGAAGAUCAAAUCCGAGGGCAUAGAGUCUAAUGCAGUUGAUGAACCUAAAUCUAGUGACAAACAAACAAACAUGAAGAAACGCAAGAGUUCAGUUGAUAAAGAAACAAAGAAGAGGCUGAAACCGGCGGAGAAGAAGGUAAGGCCAGAUGCCAUCGCUCUUAUGAACGUGCCUGAAAAGGACAAAAGGUCAUCGCACUAUAACUUACGUGCUAAAUCAAAGCUCAAGGGGCAUGCAAGAUUCGAUUAG